CUGAUGCUGUUGCUGUGAAUUUGAUUGACGCGAACAUGUCGGUGUGAUGGGGGAGCGCCGGGAUGCAGCUGAUGAUGGUCCAGAAGGGGAAUACGCGCAGUCAAAUCAGACGUUAUCGUUAAGAAAUAACACCUAACGUUCUCCUUUAUCAUCUGUGACAAAGACGUCUGAAUUUGUGUUGCAUUUCACACGCGCGCAAUGGAUCUAGCUGAUGCCACCGCAGCGAGGAUCUGAUUUGUAUUUUUGCCUUCCUUCCUUCAAUAUCUGUGUAUUAUGGUAGAGUCAAGCCGGAGCAUCAAACAUAAACUGUGCAACCCUGAUGACAACACCGUCAGGAUAUCAGGAUAUCAACAAUGGAAUCGCCUUACACGUAGAGUCUAGUUUUUCAUGAUCACACACCAUUAUUAGUGCUUUCACGAACGAACUAUCCAAGUGUUGUCUAAUCUGAUUGAGCGAAAAAAGUAGCCUGCACUAAGAGACAGACCACUGCUCCCAAAUUAUGGACGAGGAGAAUAUGACCAAAAGCGACGAGCAUCAUCUGAGUUUGCAAAAAGCCUUGCAGCAGUGCGAACUGGUGCAAAACAUGAUAGACAUUAGUAUCUCCAGCUUGGAAGGUCUGAGGACCAAAUGUGCCACAUCCAACGACUUGACACAAAAAGAAAUCCGAACGCUGGAGGGUAAACUGGUGAAGUAUUUUAGUCGGCAGCUCUCUUACAAGCGUAAAGUGUCCUUACAGGAGCGGAAUGUGGAGUUGGAUGGAUUCCCGCGGCUGGGACACUGGUUCCGCAUUGUUAACAUGAGGAAGGAGGUUAUUGAGGAGAUCUCUCCAGGUGAGCUGACUCUGGAGGCUCUGUUGGAGAUGUCGGAUGAGCAGGUUUGUGAGGCGUUGCAGAAGUUUGGAGCGAGUGAUGAAGAAUGUGCUCGGCUCAAUGCCUCGCUCACAUGUCUACGAUCAGCCCACAAAUCAGAACAACUUGAGGAUGACAAAUUACAUAGUAAUGGAGGAUCCAAACAGGACUGGUCCAUUCAGUGGCCCACGUCUGAGUCGGGUAAAGAGAACAACCCAGUGGGGCCGUCAGACCCCAGUCAGUGGGUCCGUCUCCAGCUCUCCCAGAGCCCCAAAUUGCACUCACGCUACAGCCAGCACUUGUGCCAGAGUCCCCAGGCCCUGGCGCCCCCCUUCUACUCCCCUCACCCGCAUUCGGACCGGCUGACCGUGGACCCUCACUCCGGCCUCUUCCCCUCGCCUCUGGAUAUGGGACAUCACUCUCUCCCUCCUUCCCCCAGACAGAGGCAUUUUGCCCACACGCCUCCGCGGACUCCCUUAGUAGUGAACACCAUGACCCCUCCAGGGACGCCGCAGGUCAGGCGCAGGAAUAAGCUGAAGGCCCCUGGAACCCCGCCGCCCGCCAGCCGGAAGCUCAUACACCUUCUGCCCGGGUUCACGGCUCUGCACCGCAGCAAAUCCCAUGAGUUCCAGCUGGGGAACAGAAUAGAUGACGCACAGACACCCAAAGCAAAAAAGAAGAACAAGCCGUUGAACCUGAAGAUCCACAGCAGUGUGGCUGGAAGCUGUGAAAACCUGCCGACCCAGCGCUCUCCUCUCCACUCUGAUCAUUCACUCCGCUCCUUCUUUUUCCCCAAUUUUGUCCCUUCGACACCACCGGUGCACUCCGACACCCCCUCAGCAAAUACUCUGUCUGUUCCUCGCUGGUCUCCUCAAAUACCUCGCAGAGACCUCGGCAACUCCAUAAAGCACAGGUUUUCCACAAAGUAUUGGAUGUCGCAGACGUGUAUCGUGUGCGGGAAAGGAAUGCUGUUCGGCUUAAAAUGCAAAAACUGCAAAUUGAAGUGCCACAACAAAUGCACCAAAGAAGCACCGCCCUGUCAUUUACUCAUAUACCACAGAGGAGGUAGGGACUCAGUCAGAGAUCAAGGAACAUCUCAAGCUCGUCAGCUCGUCAGGACCGAGUCGGUACCAUGUGACAUAAACAACCCCCUCAGGUACUCAGACCUCCACAUUAGCCAGACUCUCCCCAAGACCAACAAAAUCAACAAGGACCACAUCCCUGUGCCGUAUCAGCCCGACUCCAGCAGUAACCCCUCCUCCACCACCUCCUCCACCCCGUCGUCUCCUGCUCCCCCUCUGCCGCCCAGCGCGACGCCCCCAUCUCCUCUGCACCCUUCCCCGCAGAGCGCCAGACAGCAGAAACAGUCCAACCUUACAGCAUCUCAUUUCUACAAAUACAAGCAGCAGUUCAUCUUCCCUGAUGUGGCCCCAGAGGUUCCCACCAGGGCCCCUCAAGUCAUUCUACACCCUGUUCUGUCUGAACCUGGUACCAAAGGGAGUCCCUUGCUACAAAUUGAGGUUGAGCCAACAUCUGAUAAUGAGGAAGGCAACGAUGAGGCCGAGGGUUCAGCGGAUGAGUUUGAGGAGAUGAAUCUCUCCCUCCUGUCCGCACGGAACUUCCCACGUAAGGCCAGCCAGACCAGCAUCUUCUUGCAGGAGUGGGACAUUCCCAUGGAGCAGCUGGAGAUCGGAGAGCUGAUCGGGAAAGGCCGCUUUGGACAGGUCUACCACGGACGCUGGCACGGAGAAGUCGCCAUACGGCUAAUUGACAUUGAAAGAGACAAUGAAGAACAGCUGAAAGCGUUUAAAAGAGAGGUGAUGGCGUACAGGAACACACGGCAUGAAAAUGUGGUCCUGUUCAUGGGAGCGUGUAUGAGACCCCCUCAUCUGGCCAUCAUCACCAGUUUGUGUAAGGGCAGGACCCUCUACUCAGUGAUUCGAGAUGCAAAAGUCGUCCUCGACGUGAACAAGACUAGACAAAUCGCACAAGAGAUGGUGAAGGGCAUGGGCUACCUACAUGCCAAAGGGAUCCUUCACAAAGAUAUGAAAUCCAAGAAUGUAUUUUAUGACAAUGGGAAAGUGGUCAUCACCGACUUUGGCCUGUUCACAAUAUCUGGUGUUCUACAAGCAGGCAGUAGGAGAAAGGAUAAGCUGCGGAUCCCAAGCGGCUGGCUGUGUCAUCUCGCUCCUGAGCUCAUCCGUCAGCUCUCCCCCGAGACCGCAGAAAACCAGCUUCCUUUCUCCAAACAGUCUGACGUCUUUGCCUUUGGCACUAUCUGGUACGAGCUCCAUGCACGCGAGUGGCCCUUUAAGAAUCAGCCAGCUGAAGUCAUUAUCUGGCAGGUGGGAAGUGGAAUGAAGCCCAACCUCACUCAGAUCGGCAUGGGCAAAGAGAUAUCCGACAUCCUGCUGUUCUGUUGGGCAUAUGAACAGGAAGAGCGGCCCAGCUUCUCCAAGCUCGUGGAACUACUGGAGAAACUCCCGAAACGCAACCGUCGCCUGUCUCACCCAGUACACUUCUGGAAAUCAGCUGAGUAUGUGAAAUGAGCUAAGCUAAAGUCAAAAACGCCUGUUUAUAAAAUAAACUUUAAAGGAAAAAAAAACGCGAAACAAUCGUGAGGUAACGUUAAAAUGGAGUCAGUCAGCGUGACUGAGAGAGUCGCUACUGGAUGGUGCAUGUAUUCUGCUGUAUUUAGCGACGUUUCCUUAACGCAGUGAUCAUUUAGCAUAUUUAGAGCACACAGUACUUUCUGGUGUAUCGUUUGGUCAUGAAAGGGAGAUGUUUUCUUCUCUUUUUUUGUUGUUUUUUGUUGCUAAAUGUUUGAUCUGUUUUGCAUAUAUCAACUGCUUGUGAUUAUUUCUCAUUAUCUUUCUUGAAUGAGUCCACUUUCAGUGAAUGUUGUUUUCUUUCGUUGAACCUCUGCAAUGCAUUUUUAUAAACAAUUGAAACUAGUGUUAUUCGAGUUUUUGUCUGUAUUGUUUUUAUUCUUUUUGAAUUUAGUCAUUGGAUGAAUGUAUUUAUUUUUUUUCGAUUUUGAGAAAUGUACCCUUUGGAGUUGUUUUACACUUGUUUGUUUUCUCUCAUUCACGCUGUAUCAGUGUUUCUCAGAAUUCCAUCCUGUCGUUUGAAUUUUCCGAUCACAAAGCUUUACCGUAACGCAGGGAGGCGCGUAUUCCGAGAAUGUGAAGACUUUUUCUCCCUUCCUGUCGCACUGUAGAUAAGGUAGCGCGUACAUCCAUCACUCAUUUACUCGCGCCGUCAACAUCGCCUAUAUCGUUCGUGCGACGGUGCCGUAAUCGAGCGUGCCGUCGCGACUCGAGGCACGUACGGUAUGUAUAUUAUCGACACUUGAAUUGUAUCAUGCCUAACUGUGACAAAAACAGAAUUACCUGGGGGUAAACUGCUAUUCCUGAGCCUACAAAGAAAAAAGGAUGGAUAUAACGGACUGUAUCUAUCUGUCUAUCUAUCUAUCACACUUACGAACCUUUUCUUAUCAGUGCAUACUUACGAAUGUUUUAGCAUAAUUUAAAGCUUUGCGUUGUUUGUACUAGGCUACACAUUGUUAUAUUGUAGAGAUUAUACAGUACCAUGAGUAAUAGUGCACUAUUCACCACGACGGCAUUUGUAUAUUAUUCUAAAUCACAUCUCAUUAAUAUGACUGUUGCAUGUUGCAAGUUCUGGAGUGUCCAUGUUGUAACACGGAACGGUGAUCAUGUCAAAACGAGUGUGAAGGUUGGUGUCGCUAGCUAGGUAUGGCUUAAACCGAAACGCUAUCCCGCUUUCUCCACCAUGCACUCUGGGUACAGACAAUCUGCUCACUUGUAAAGCCAUGGUUUUUUGGGUCAUAAACAGUGCCAGUGCUCACAAACUUGUUGCUGCUGUUAUUUUUGAAGUGCUCAAGUAUAUUUUAGGAUCACAAAAAUACAGAUGUUGUUAAGUGGGCGUUUAUAUUUGUACGGUCGACCGUUUUUACAUGCAUGAGAACAUUUUUAGGGGAUUUGUCCCCUCGAGUUCAGAACCAGACAUAGUAGUUUUACAAGCUGUGACUAAAUACAAUGACGGCGUUUGUGAGAAACGAAGAAAGUAAUACAAAAUGAUAUUUAAAGUCUGUAUCGGGCCUAGUAAGGCACAAUUUUAAACCUAUAAGAAAAGAACUGUGCUAUAACAUUUAUAUAUUUUUUGAAACGGGGCUACGAGGACAUGUCGGGACAGUGUUUUUACGCUGGGAAUGAUGGGAAAUCGUGAGAAGAUGGGGUCUUGUUAACAACCAUUAUUAGCAGCUUCCAUAUCAGGCCUCUUUAACAGGCUGUAGAUUUUGCUUAAUAAUCUGUUGCUGUAAUUAAUAUUCCAAUCACUCAAUCCGACCUCAUUGUCAUCUAUUAUAUUUCUGCUCCAUUAUGAAUGUAUGAAUUGUUCUGUGUAUGUGUGUGUGUGUGUGUGUGUGUGCGUUGUUGUUAACGUUGUUUUCCUUUUCUUUUUUCUUCCUAUCCAUCCAUGCAUUUCCUUGGUGGUCGUUGAUUAUUUAUCAACACUUCUCCAUUGCUCUGGUUUACGUUUCUUUUCUGAUAUUGUGUGCGCGUCUUCGCCGAUUUCUUUGAUGGCCUCCAUGAUUGAGUUUUUGUAUUAUGUAUUUGUUGUAAGUAUAUAUAAAGCUUGUAUUUACUGAUGCCUUAUGGUCCAUGGCUUAGCGACUGGUACACAUCACAAGCUCUUUCUUUGCACUCAUCCUUUAUGAAAAUAUAUGAAAAUAAAAAGGU